GAAAGAGAUUAUUGAUUGGUUGUUAGACUUUGUGACUUUUGUGAGGCUGGGGAAUUACAAAAACUUUUUUCCCCAACUCUUUUUUUCUUACAAAAUUCACCCAAACAGUCCUUAACAACAAUUUACAGAAAACUAGCAAGGAGAAGAAAGGAGGGAAGAAUUUUCAUCAUUUGUUUCAAUUUAAUUUGUUUUCUCUGCAAUUUACACUCUUUUUUUUCUGGAGAAAUUUGAACAUUUUAGAGUUCUUAAGGCUUGAGGAAUUUCUUCAAUUCAAUUCAAUUUUUUUCCCAAGAGACCCAACCCUCUUUUUCUUCUCCAAUUUGCACCAAAAACUACACCAAAAGUCUCCUGUUUUCUUCAAUUUUGAACAGAUUGGGCUUGAGGUUGAGAAAUUUGCAUUUUGUUAGCAUCCUCUUUACCGGCGAAAGAACGAUAAAAAAGGGGGUUUUGAAUUUCCCCUCAAAUUCAUAGAGAUUUGAGGAGGAUAAUCACACAAAAAAAUGAAAAGAUUAUGGUUAAGUUCUCUGCAAUUAGUGGAGCUAUUUGUGAGUUCAUGGGUACAUUUGUUAUAUGGGUUUUACAUAUUUAGCACAGCCGUUGCCUAUGAUUUGAAUCAAGCUUUGUGUGAUUACUUUAAACCCAGCAACAUUAAUCAAAUUGAGGCUGCUGCUCCUCCUCAAGAUUCUUCCUCUGUUGAUGAUUUGCCUCCCAUUGUUCUGGUUCAUGGGAUUUUUGGUUUUGGUCAAGGGAGAUUGGGAGGAUUGUCCUAUUUUGCUGGGGCAGAGAAGAAGGAUGAAAGGGUUUUGGUGCCAGAUUUGGGUUCUCUGACCAGCAUAUAUGAUCGGGCGCGGGAAUUGUUCUAUUACUUGAAAGGAGGUCAGGUUGAUUAUGGCGAAGAACACAGCAAAGCAUGUGGGCAUUCCCAAUUUGGCAGAAUCUAUGAACAAGGGCAUUAUCCUGAAUGGGAUGAGGAUCAUCCUAUACACUUUGUGGGGCAUUCGGCAGGCGCUCAGGUUGUUCGGGUUUUGCAGCAAAUGCUUGCUGAUAAGGCAUUUGAGGGCCAUGAUACCUCUCCAAACUGGGUUUUGAGCAUUACCUCUUUAUCUGGAGCUUUCAAUGGGACCACUAGAACAUACUAUGAUGGGAUGCAGCCAGAGGAUGGAGUAACUUUGAAACCCGUAUGUUUACUUCAGCUUUGUCGAUUGGGAGUAAUCAUAUACGAUUGGUUUGAUAUUCCUUGGUUGAAGUCCUAUUACAAUUUUGGAUUUGAUCACUUCAAUUUGUCAUGGAGGAAGAUUGGGGUAUGGGGUUUAGUAGAUUGUUUGUUAGGGAAUGCUGGUCCAUUUGCAUCAGGAGACUGGAUCCUACCUGAUCUAACAAUCCAGGGAUCAAUGAGACUCAACUCCCAUUUACAAACAUUCCCAGAUACAUACUAUUUCAGUUAUGCUACCAAGAGAACCAGGCAACUCCUUGGUUUCACAGCUCCUUCUGGCAUUAUGGGGAUUCACCCUUUGCUCUUCAUCAGAGUGUUGCAGAUGUGCAUGUGGCGCCUCCCUGCUGAUGUUCCUCCCCCUUACAAAGGCUAUAGGGAUGAAGAUUGGUGGGACAAUGAUGGGGCACUCAACACAACAUCCAUGACUUACCCUCGAUUUCCCGUUGAACAUCCCCACCAUCUUGUUACAAAUGAUAAAGAUUGCCGGCCAUUGCAACCUGGUAUCUGGUAUUACAAAAUCGUAGAAGGAGAUCACAUUUUGUUCAUUGUCAAUCGGGAGAGAGCCGGAGUUCAAUUCGAUUUGAUUUACGACAGCAUCUUCGAACGGUGUAGGAAACAUGUAUUUAGGAAGAGGCCGCAGACGCUACCGAAUGAAACACCACAAACAGUUACCAGUUGAAUAGUUGAUAUAUCUCAUAUGGCAAGAGAGUUAGAAAUAGUAUUCUUUUUUUCUUUUUUAAUUCCUAUGUUUCCCCUUCUUUCUUUCACAAAUUCACUUGGUCUGAUGUAAAUGUAAUUUUCUCUAGAAAAAACAAAUUCUUUCUAUAAUUGAAUUAUAUUCAUAGGGUUACAGCAA